AACGCCCGCCCCGGAAGGCCGGAAGAGGAAGCGCAGCCCGGCGGGGUGGCUGCGGCAAAAAUGGCAACGUUAGUUCUGGAUAAUGGAGCCUACAACGCCAAAAUCGGCUACAGCCAUGAGAACGUCUCGGUUAUUCCUAACUGUCAGUUCAGAUCAAAAACAGCACGUCUUAAAACUUUUACUGCUAACCAGAUAGAUGAAAUAAAAGAUCCUUCUGGCCUGUUUUACAUCCUUCCUUUUCAGAAGGGUUACUUGGUGAAUUGGGAUGUUCAAAGACAAGUGUGGGAUUACCUUUUUGGAAAAGAAAUGUAUCAGGUUGAUUUUAUAGAUACGAAUAUUAUCAUCACAGAACCAUAUUUUAACUUCACUUCAAUUCAAGAAUCAAUGAAUGAAAUCCUGUUUGAAGAAUACCAAUUUCAGGCAGUAUUAAGAGUGAAUGCUGGGGCCCUCAGUGCACAUAGAUACUUCCGGGAUAAUCCUUCUGAACUAUGCUGCAUCAUUGUAGAUAGUGGAUACUCCUUUACACAUAUCGUUCCUUAUUGUAGAAGUAAAAAGAAAAAAGAAGCCAUUAUUCGGAUAAAUGUUGGGGGAAAACUUCUAACAAAUCAUCUAAAGGAGAUCAUAUCUUACAGGCAGCUACAUGUUAUGGAUGAAACACAUGUUAUUAACCAAGUGAAAGAAGAUGUGUGCUAUGUGUCUCAGGAUUUUUAUAGAGACAUGGAUAUUGCAAAGUUGAAAGGAGAAGAAAAUACAGUAAUGAUAGACUAUGUUUUACCUGAUUUCAGUACAAUUAAAAAGGGCUUUUGUAAGCCAAGGGAGGAGAUGGUACUUAGUGGAAAAUAUAAAUCUGGAGAACAAAUACUUCGCCUGGCCAAUGAGAGAUUUGCUGUUCCAGAAAUACUCUUUAACCCUUCUGAUAUUGGAAUUCAAGAAAUGGGAAUCCCAGAAGCUGUUGUCUAUUCAAUUCAGAACUUACCUGAAGAAAUGCAGCCACAUUUUUUUAAGAACAUCGUCUUAACAGGAGGAAAUUCCCUUUUCCCAGGAUUUAGGGAUCGUGUGUAUUCAGAAGUUCGAUGUCUUACUCCAACAGAUUAUGAUGUCUCGGUAGUGCUGCCUGAAAACCCGAUUACUUACGCUUGGGAAGGUGGAAAACUGAUCUCAGAAAAUGAUGAUUUUGAAGAUAUGGUGGUCACAAGAGAAGAUUAUGAAGAAAAUGGACAUAGCAUCUGUGAAGAGAAAUUUGAUAUUUAAGAAACAUUU